CCCAGGCUGGGCUGGAGACUGGAAUGGGAUCCAUCACUCUCUUUGGGAAUGGGAUCCCCCCAUGCAGGAUCCACUGCCCACCCAGCCCGGUCAGGGCUAAUCCUGACCCCUCCUCCCCCCCAGAGCAGGGGAAGGACAUUGGAUUACCCCUGGGGAAAGAAGGGAGGUCAAUAAUCCUAUUACCCCCGGGCAGGAUAAAUCUCCCUCCCCGAAAAGCCCCCAGAACAUCUCUGGGCUGCAGGACGGAGGGAGCAGCUCUGGAAUCGUGGGACUCUGUGAGUCAGGGAUUCGGGGCUGGGAGGGAUGUGGGGCUGCUUUGCUGCUCUUCCUGCAUCCAGAAACAUCCAGGAGCAGCUCCCUGGGUUGGAUCCUUGUUCCCAGGGUCCCAGCUCUGCACCAGAGCCAAAUCCCUCAUGCUGAGCUUGUGCCACAAAAUUCCCACUCCUGGUGCUGUGGGCCAUCCUCUGCUCCCCCUUACCAGCCCACACCCCAGCACAGACCUGGGGCAAGCCAUGGGAGGGCCCUGGCAGUGACCUGGGGGUCCCCAGCUUGUGUGGGGUGGGGGACAGGGGAGGAAGGAGCAGCAGCAGCCCCGGUGCCCCUGGGAUUCCCUUCCCUGCCUUUGGGGAUUAAUGGCUGAGCUGAGUCAGCACUGUGGGGAGGGGGCUCUGCAGAGCCUGGGUGGGCACAGGGUGGGAGGAGAAGCUGGUGCCCCCCUUUAUUUCCCUGCAGAGGGUGUGAGGAGCGCAGGGAACGCGGUGAGCCGGGGCUGCAGCCCCCCACAGCCAUGAGCCUGGAGCCCCCCAAACCGGAGCUGAAAUCGGCCACCAGGGUCACCGGGGGUCCCGCCACCCCCCGAAAGGGACCCCCCAAGUUCAAGCAGAGACAGACGAGGCAGUUCAAGAGCAAACCCCCCAAAAAGGGGGUGCAGGGGUUUGGUGACGACAUCCCAGGGAUGGAGGGGCUGGGAACAGACAUCACUGUCAUCUGUCCCUGGGAAGCCUUCAGCCACCUGGAGCUGCACGAGCUGGCUCAGUACGGAAUCAUUUAGGAUUUUGGCAGGCUCACCCACCCUGUAGUGCUGUGUAGGUCAAGGCCCCCCUGUGCUGGGGGGGCUCAGCUUGGAAAAAUUCUCAUUAAAUCCAAAUGAGCUCAGG